AUGGUAAGAAAUUACAUAAGAAAAUCCACCAGAUGUUCGUCUUAUAAUGAUGAAUCAUUGAAAAUUGCUGUUGAAUCAGUAACGAAUGGCAUGCCACUAAAAACGGCUGUCAAAAAAUAUGGGGUCCCUGCAAGAACUUUAAAAAGGCAUCAGAUGGCCAUGACCAAAUUUCCUGGAAAAAUUAGGCUGGGACAUUUUCACUCAAUUUUUACAAAGGACCAAGAACUAGAACUAGUAGAAAUUAUUAAAAGUAUGGAAAAAUCACUCUUCGGAAUGACCACAACAGACGUCAGGAAAGUGGCUUUUGAAUUUGCCGAAAAAAUGAAAUUAAGCCAUCCAUUCAAGGUUGACAUGAAAAUGGCAGGGAUAGACUGGAUGUAUGGUUUUUUAAAAAGACAUCCAACGCUAUCUAUUAGAAAGCCGGAAGCGAUAAAUUUAUCACGUGGAUCAAAUGCCAAAAAUGUGGCAUUUGGCAUCAUAAUGGUUGCCAAGGACUAG